AUGCGUCGUCGGUGUUUUUUUGCCAAUAUUUCAAUUGUUGUGGUUGGUUUUUUUCAAUUUUUUUCAUAAGAAUUGUAUUGAAAAUUGGAAAAAAACUGAAAAAAAUUUUUUAUUAUGAAUAUACUUUUUUUCUUGGCUUCAAAAUGAAAAAUUUCAGGAAAAAAAUAUGUUUAAAUUAUAUUUUUCGAUCCUUAUACUGUGUUCUUAUUUUAGAUAAAAUGCUUUCCCGUUUCCAAGAAAAUUCAUGUUAUCAACUCAAAAAUAAAAGAUAAUAGAGAAAAUGCUGACGCUAUAGUCCGUCCACCGCGACUUUUUUCGCGUGUCUGCGACUCUCUGCUCUCUCACCUGCGAGGUCAGAGAAACAUGGAAGUAGCGCGUAAAUAUGAGAGAGACGUCGAGAGAUGAGGAGAGCGCAGAGAAGUCCCGCCUUUUCAAGUCGCUAAAAACGGACUAUACCAACAUGUUUGAUUUUCAGCACAAAAGUAUAAUCAUUCGAUCCGUCUCGUCGAGAUACGAACUAAUAUCAUAAAACUAUUGACCACUUAGAAAAUUUUAUAGAGAGCGGUGUUUCUCACAAAAAAACUUGACGGGAACCGAACCUCCGACUCUUUUUUCUCCAAAUAAAGAUUUACCCAGUUGAGCCACUUUCUCAAAAGUUUCUGAACCCCUUGCAUACAGGGAAAAUGUUUAGUGGUUACUAUAGAGGCUCGCCAAGGACUACUUGGAGAGAACACUAAAGCGGCCACUAAACCCACUUCUAUAGUGGCCACUUCAGUAGUUUUUCACCCAGUAUACCUUUCAGUAUCUCUGAUAAUUGUAAAAAAAAACAGAUUGGACCAGUGAUGUUGAUCCAUUGACCCCUAAAGUGGCCACUAAAAUUUUUAGUGGUCUAGUAGUAGCACUUAGACCUCUAUAGUGGCCACUAAUUUUUAAUUCCUUAAGUGGCCACUAAUUGGACUACUAUAGUGGCCACUAAGAAAUUUCCCAGGUUCCAUAGCGAAGAAUGGUCUAUAUAGGAAUGUGUCUGAAAACAAAAACCUUGACGAAAAAAAGAGGAUGCUCAAAAAAACCUCGUCGGGAACCGAACCCUCGACUCUUAUUUCCUAACCGAAGACCUACCCAGCUGAGCCAUCCACAUAUUAAACAAUUCCAGGUCCUUCUGCGGCCAGCAAUGCGGAAAAGUCCAUUCAACCUGUUCCUCAUGAUGAUCGCUGUCUGUGACGCUUCUCUCAUGGCAACUUAUCUUCUUUAUAAACAUGUAAUUUUUUAUUUUCUCAAAAAUACCAAAUAUGAAACAUGAAUUUAUUAAAAUAUGAAAAAGUGUUCAAUUUUUACAGGUAGCCGUGUGUCAUCCAUGGUAUUUCACUUAUUUUUGGAUGAUUUACACGAAAUUCUACGCGAUUUUCUCGGUUUUCGUCCACUCGGCAAGCCUUUGGCUCACGGUUAACAUGGCUAUUUUGAGGUUGGUUCUGAAUUUGGAACUUUAUGAUCUUUUUGGGUGUCUUAAUUACAGAAAUGAGCUUUUUAAUGGCAAAUAAAGCAUUAUAAAAAGUUUCGGAGAAUUUUUCUCGUUUUUUGGAAGUUUUUUUAGGCUUUAAAUUAGGCUAAAAAGCUUCAAAAUAGAUCUAGAAGUUUAAGAAAAAUCUACCUAACUUAAAAAUUAUCAUGAGAUAGCUUGAAGGUCGCAUUUGGAAUGGAUCAAACACUCGAGUCGUUUCAGGUCGGGAGCAUUUAUUAUGAGGACAUUAAUCACCCAAAGGAUGCUUUAGUAAAGUUUCAAAAGUCCUAAAAGUUUAAAAGGAAGUUUGAAACGACAAGGUAUUUCCAAAAAAUGAAGGGACAAGUUCUUUGAAAACAUAAUAUUGAUUUUCCUACAGAUACCUGGUUUUGUACCGAGGAAGCAGCUCGAAAUCUCGUCUGCCGCCGUGCAACGGAUACCCUGCCGCGAUCAUCGCCAUAACUAUCGGCGCCGUGAUCGCCUUUUUUGGAAGUCUGCCAAAUACUGUUCGAUAUCAUGUCAGUUGGCCGCUUUGA